GACGAUAAAAUACUUGUUCGUUUGCAGAUGCCCUCUAAUGGUAAACCUCAUAUGUUUGUGUUUUUAAACUUCUUUCAAAUUUAUCUUCUGCACGGUAAAAAGGAGAAAUAAACACAAAUAAACCACAGCAAAGCAAAUAUGGCGGCCAUCGGAAACUGUUCUCUACUGGCGGAGAGAAUCCCCCAAAUCCCUCUUACUAGAGAGUAUGUUAUUUCAUAUUCUCAGUUUACUCUUUCGAAGCAUGCUGAUUCUGUGGAUCUCUCCUGGAAUUUGCGUCUUUCUCCGAGCUUUUUCUUCCGCAGAUAUAAACCGUACACUCGAGGCUUAAGCAUCAACACCAAAGCUAACAAUCAACCCACCGCAAUUCAGGCCAAACAUGAAAUUCCCAAAAUGCUCGACAUGAAUUCGAAACUGAAGGUGUCCGAAAAACACGAUCUUAGCAUACUGAUCUCGUGCAAAGUCUGCGAGGCACGUUCGAUGAAGACCAUGGCUGGCGAUUCAUACAAGGAAGGCGUUGUUAUUGCCAAGUGUGAUGCCUGUGGCAAUUUGCACGUUAUUGCUGAUCGAUUUGGAUUGUUUGAGGAGCUUGGUAGUGUGGAGGACUUUUUGGCUGCUCGUGGGGAGGAAAUCAAGGACGGUCCAUGUGGCACUCUGAACCUGACGCUAAAAACAACCUAG